GACUACAUCUCCCAGCACAGGAUUCCUAGAUCGUGACGUCAUAUGUGGGCGCCUCGAUCGUCUUACCACACUUGCAGUUACAGGCCAAGUCGUCCGUAGAUUUAGUAUUAUUUAUAGUUAAAGUUAGGCCAUCGAAAGUGUCGUAAUGGCGUACACGCAGAUAUUAAACAUGCUGCAUCGCACUUUAGGGCCAAAAGCGACCCAGACAUUUAGCUUGGUAGCAAGUCGCACACACAGGACACAGUCAGUGUUGUCGACCUUCUGCAGCAGGGUCGAAGCUCCGUUUGGACGUUUUCGUGCUUAUAGUUGCUUCCUGCAGCCACGGAGAACUAUUCACGUCGACUCCAGCGUGAAAAAUAAAAGCGAGGAGAGAGAAGUUGGACAGAAGUCGGUGUCCAAGUACCCACGCAGCACCACCACGGCGACUGCACGCAAAGUGAAAGAAGCUGGCAGAGAUUUCACCUACUUGAUAGUCGUACUCAUCGGGCUCGGAGUGACAGGUGGUCUUCUGUUUGUCGUCUUUCAGGAACUGUUUUCUUCCUCCAGUCCAAAUAAAGUCUACGGGAAAGCGUUUGACAAAGUCCGAUUAGACCCAGAGGUCAUUGGCGCAUUCGGAGAACCGAUCAAGUGCUACGGCGAGAUUACCCGUCGAGGAAGACGACAACAUAUCAGUCAUUCAGAGUUCCUAAAGGAGGGAAUAAAGCACAUGCGACUAAAGUUUUACAUUGAAGGAUCAGAGCCAGGUCUUAAAGGCACAGUGCACUCAGAGUCAAAAGAGAAUCCGGAAACAGGAAAAUAUGAGUUCCGGUACAUAUUUGUAGACAUUGACACCUACCCAAGGAGGAACAUAAUUGUGGAAGAUAAUCGAUGAUGAUGAUGAUAAUGAAAAAAAAUAAAAGGACUAAUCCACUCAGUGAACAGAGCUGGCUAAUAAUUUAUGUUGUGCUGUAAAUGUGGUUAAGAAAAAAAAAAUAGCAGAGAUGCAAAUGUAACCAUUACAUAAAAUGAGUACAGUUUUUGUAUUAAAAAUAAAUUACUGUAAAAUAUCAAUCAUUUUUAUCUGCUGCAAACUUUUUUUAUGUUUACAUUUGUAAUUGUUUGAUUAACAUUUUUAACUGCCUUUAAGUGCUGUACAAAUGAGCUUAAA